AUGGACCGCCCAGGACAAUGGGUCGGCUCUCCUCAUCGGCACCAUCGGUAUUUCGACGAGGAGUCCGGAGGAGACCGCGGCAGCGGGAACAGCGGCGCUGCUCGGGGUGACGACAACGCGUUCGACAAUACUUUUGAAAUUCCUGCAAAGAAUGCGUCGAUUGAGCGGCUUAGGCGGUGGAGGGUAUGGCACCACUUCACCUCGGAAAAAUUAGUGUCGCAUUCUCUCCAUGAAUUCGUCUAUGCACUUAUUUCGCUAAUUGGAAUGUGCGCAUGUCAAAGGGCUUACCGUAUCUAGUGAGAGCUACACUUGUCAAUGUUCAAAGAAUAAAUAAUGUAUCAUUUAAGUCGAUUGACCAAAAUGAGGAUUUCAGAACCGAAUUUGGGAGAUGGUAUGAUUUUAAUCAUCGAAGAUCUGAGAAUAAAUAGUGUUAAUGAGACGAGAGUGAAUUUGGAUCUGGCGAUUUUCGGUAAACCCUAGGGCUAUUCAGGGAUUGCUUCCUUAUUUUUUAAAAGAAGGAUCAAUAUAUAAAAAAGGGAACGCUCAUGGUCGUGUGGACCAGACUAUGCAAACUAAGAGAGAAAUUUAUGCUUCAUUGGUUAGCAUUAUGCAAUCUGAAUGCUUAUUGAUAUCUAGGUAGAAACGUCAUGCAUCAAAAUAACGUUUAAUUAUGUCAGUUGAUGAUUCAUUUUCCCAUCUGCCAUUUCCAUCACUUCCUUGGCAUGCUGUGAAUCCUGAAACAACAUAAUAUCAUGAUUGGCUACUGUCCUUCCACUUUCGAGAUUGUUUUCAGCUGUGGAGGAUAAUUUUUGGUGCUGGAAUAGUUGAUUUGAAGAGAAAAGUUCCCGUUCUAUGUCGGGUAAAUGACAAACUUAUACUUUAGUUAUGGACUGUUCUAGGGUGGGAUCUCUAGAAAAAAGAACUUUCUAAAGCAGAAAGUGGUGAUUCAUCAUUUUAGUGAAUAUGUUGAAGAUUGUUCAGGUGGCGAAUGCAAUGAUAGGUAGUGAUUGAAAAUGCAGAGAUGCUAUCUUUAAUCAAAUACAUCCCAUAUCAUGUAAGGUCUUUGUAGUUCUAUAAUUAGAAUGUGGAAAUUCUAAUGCAAAAUAUUAAUGGUAUGACAAUUUGAAAAAUAUUUUCUUCAUCUUUUGCUAUUGUUGUAGAUCAGAGUAGGACUAAUUCACUAGAAAGACCACCCUCGCACAUGUGGAGAAAAUGUUCUCUUCAUUCAAAAAGAUUAUUUACAAAGUGGAGGGGUUUGGCAUUUAUACUAGACCUUGGAAGAUUUUAGAUACUUAUAGCUCUCCUCAAGAUUAUGUAUCCUAUCAACAUUCCCCCUCAAGUUGGUGAGUGGAUGUCAUCCAUUCUUAUCUUGGGUAACUUUGGUAGAAGUAUUCUGCUAGUUGAUUGUGUGUAGAGAUUAAUGACAUAAAAAUCAAAUUUGCCUCCAACGUUUCUUUAAUGAAAUGAUGAUCAACCUCCAUGUUUCGUAUGAUCAUGUCGUACUAGAUUAUGCACAAUAUUAGUUGAUUGUUGUCACAGUAUGGUUUCAUAGGAUUGGGCAGAGAGAUUUUUAUCUCAUCAAGUAAGAUCUUCACCCAAAGUAACUCACACACACUCUGGUUAAGUGUCCUAAAUUCAGUUUCAACACUUGAACUGGAAACCACAUUUUGAUUCUUCUUCUCCACAUGACACGGUUGACUCCAAUGAAUGUGAGAUAUUCAAAAGUGCAUAGUUUGUAUCUAUUAACAUUUCAACCUCUACCUUUUCUCUUCAUUGAAGAGAACUCCUUUGCUUGGUGUGCCUUUCAAGUAAUGUAGUACUUGAUAGAGUAGUUGACCACUAAGACAUUGAUACAUCUCACUGUUAAUGUUAGUCUUUUCCUUUGUCAGACAGUUUGUGAUUUGGAUCAAUGGGUGUGCUAGCGGGCUUACAUGCCAUAUUCCCAGUAUCGUUCAACAAUUUGUUAGGUACUUAUGCUAGGAGAUGAACGUACUCCCAGAAGAGUGAGCCAUUUUGAUUCCCAAGAAGUAUUUGAGCCAUCUCAGUGUCUUAAUAUCAAACUAUCUAGCCAAACAUUGACUCAGGUUCUGGUUUUCCACUUCAUGAUUUCUUGUGACAAAUAGUGCUUAAAAAAGAGGGUAUGAUCACCAUUAGUUUGGCUAUGAUUCAACUUUUUUUUUGCCUCCAAACCAGGCUUGCGGUUGUUGUUUGAGUCUACUAAAGAGAUUUUUUUAACUUAGACAUGAUAUUUGAUGAUAGUUGACCCUCAUAUCUUGGUGGAAGAGUCUUAUAAACUCCUUCAAUGAGAUCACCACAUAGGAAACCAUUGUUCAUAUCAUAUUGUUGUAUGUCCCUACUAAAAAUCGAUGUUAAAGAUAAUAUAAGUCUAUCUGUGUGUGUUUUUGCGACAGGUGAGAAGGUUUCUUAUAGUCAAUAUCAUAAACUUUUGUAUGGCCUUUAUCAACCAACCUACCCUUAUGUUUCUUGAUCGAGUCAUCAGAUUUAUACUUCAGGUUAUACAUCCAUUUACGCUAACUGCCUUCUUAUCCUUAGGUAAUUUCACCAGAUCUUAGAUUUGAUUUUUUUUUUAUGGUUCUCGUUUCUUCAUCCAUGCUUGGUUUUACUCCUUGGAUAGAGUUUUUGAGACAUUUGUUGGAAAGGUAGUGUUGUCUAAGAAGUUGAGGAAGGACUGGUAGGAUGGGAAAAUUUUUGGCUGGAUAAGAAGUUGGCUGAUGGGUACAUAGGUCUCUUUGUACACUCUCAUUUUGCUUUCCUAAGGCAAUAAAAAGUGAAUUGUUGUUUGGAAUUUCAUUAUCAAUAGAUGGUAUUGGUGAGGUAUUCUGGAUAUUCUCUAAGGUUGGAUCAGAGUCUUUGGCUGGUUUAGAGUUGCAAACUUCAUUUCUCUUAAAGUAGACUUUGUCAAAUCUAAGGUGUUCAAGAAAUAGAUCUAGGUUUAGAGUUUUCUCAAAGACUAAAAUAGUAACAAUUGUUUUUUUCCAAGAAGUAGUUGAAUAGUCUAAAUGAUGAUCAAUAUGAUCUGUAUGAGAGAAGAUUCAAUCGUUUGAUGGAGAUUUUUCAAAGUAGGGUUUUAAUUCAUGAAAUGUGACAUCUAUUGAUAUGAAUAUCUUUUGAGUUUGUGGAUGAUAACUUUUUUUGAUUAGUUGAAUAUCUAAGAAAUAUGCAUUUAAGCAAUCGUGGGUCUAGUUUUUCUUUAGUCUGAUUGUGGUGAUAGACAAAAGAGACAACUAAAUAUCCUUGGUUUUCAUGUACUUUUUAUUUGAUUAUUUGGAAAGUGUACUGUCAACAAAUCAAAAGGGCUUUGAAAUCCUAAUGUUCAAGUAGGUAAUCAAUUGAAAAGAUAUGUUGUUGUUAAGACAAUUGCACCCCAAAAUAUUUUUGUCACAUUACUUUGGAAUAAGAUUGAUCAAGUUACCUCUGAGAGAUGUCGAUUUUUCUGCUUAACUAAGUCAUUUUGUUGUGGAGUAUAUGUGUAGGAGGAUUUAUGUUCUAUACCUUCUGAUUGGAAAUAAGAAUUCAAGUUUGGCCAAAGUAUGCUUUAGCGUUGGUGGAUCUAAAUUUCUUUAUACAUGUCUCAAAUUGAUUUUUGAUCAUAGCACAAUUUUUUUUAAGGUCUCACAAUUAUCAGACUUCUGCUUUAGAAGAAAUAACCACAUUCAAUGAGUAUAUUCAUCUAUAAAGGUGAUGAACCACUUAUUUCCUAAAAGAUAAUUAUUGGGACAUGAUCCCCAAAUGUCAUUGUAAAUGCAAAAGAAAGGAAUUUCACUCGUUUCUCCUUGUGUUUGAAAAGAAAUACAAGUGUGUUUAGAGAGUUUACAUACAUUGCAUUUAAGGGAAAAGGUUUUCCAUUGUGCUGAAGGAAGGAUGGCCCAUUCUUGAGUGGAGAAAUUAUAUGUUGGGGAGGUUUCUUAGGGUCUCUAAGCGUUGAUCUGCUUCCACUAAUUACGUUUGAGUUAGUACCUCUAGGAGGUAGAGUUCUCCAUGUUCUCUAGCAACUCCAGUCCUACAAUGUUGUACCUUAUCAAAUGUCAUACAAAUAUCCUAAUCAAGCUAGCUGCAAUAAGGUAAACUGUUCACAAGUUUCUUUACAAAGAUGAGAUUGAUAAAUAAUUUUGGGACAGGAAAUACAUUGCUAAGUAUCCCAAGGGCUCACGUUUAAGGUAUCUUAUAUUAGUAAUUGUUAUACGAAAAUUGUCAGCAAUGGAUACUUUUCAAUCACUAGACCAAUGGUUGUAUUUAACAAGGUGAUGAGAAGAAGUUGUCAUAUGGUCCGUUGUUCUGGAGUCCACUACCCAACUUCUAGAAUGCCCCUAGAUGGGGCUCUAAUUUCGAGAGAGUAGUGAAGUUUAUCAAGCUGAAUCGAUGAUUACUGUGUCUUGGUUGACUUCAACUUUUUCAAUUCAACUCAAAGUUGUUCUAUCUCAUCUAAUCUAUACUAGAGAAGGAUGUUGAGGCUUAGAUGGUGCACUAGGAAUCGAAUUAGUAGGCAGGUCAGCAAUCAAGAUGUGCUUUGCUUCCAUGGUUUUCAAAGGUGGGGUUUUGUGGCUUUCCAUGGAGUUCCCAACAUUUAUCUGUAGUGUGACGAGAUUUUCUAUAAUAUUUGUACCAGAAAUUAUCCUUAUAAUCAGACCUCUGAUUUCUUGAUUUACGAGAUUGGGGUCGUCGACUUGGAUCUACAGUUUUCUUCACGUUAGCCCUUGUUUGGUCAUAAAUGUGGCAUUAUCUAUAUCUGACAUUGAUAGCAUCAACUUUUGACGACUCUCCUCAUUCAGAAUAAUUGAAAUAGUCUCAUCCAUCUUGGAUCUUCAAUCACUGCUCAAAAUCUGUUGUUUGACAUGGUAAAUUUUUUGAUUAAGUCAUGAAGUAAUUUAAACAUUCUUCUACAUUCUAUGAAAUUCUGUGGAAAAACAAUUUCCAUGGAGUUUUCAGUGCCAAGAUUGAGAUAAUAAUCAAGUUCUUGCCACAAAUUUUUUAAUUCCUUAGCAUAUUCCAUCACCAAUUUAUUUCCUUGAACUAUGGACAUGGACUUUGUCUUUAGUCUGUAUAUCUGAGCCUCAUUAUUCUUUUGCGAGAAUUUCAUAUGGACAGUCUCUGAUAAAUCUUUGGUUGUAGCCAAGAAAAAGAAAUCACGACUAAUUUGGGGAAUCAGAGUUCCCCAGAUCCGUGUCUUGAUCAAUGCAUCCUCUCCCUCCAAUAAGGAAUUCAUGUGAUGACGGAUUUGUUUUCAAAUCUACCAGGUGAUGUAGCAUCCCUCUUCGAGUUAGAACCUCUUUCAUACAUUCUGACCACUGGAUUCAAUUAUACCCAGUCAAUUUGAAUUCCGCAGGCAUUGCAGAGAGUUCUACCCAUAGUUGCGGGGGCAAUGGGACUGGGAUUAGAAUCUGUCAAGGAAGAAGAAAGAUCAUCCAUCGAGGAAGAAGAAAGAUUUCCAACUUUUGACAUAGAGUCACAAGAUUUCAAAGUGGAGGGGGCUAGUGUUUAUACCAGACCCUGGAAGGUUCUAGACACUUAUAGCUCUCCUCGGGGUUGUGUCCCAUCAAUAGCUAUCAACUUUCAUGCACCAACAACAUUGUCUUAGCCAUCUUUUUCUGUCAUCUUUUUGCUGUAUGGGACUCAUCACAAUUUCAAUGUGCUUGUGGCAGAUGAAUGGAUGUUUCUAGUUCUUCAUCCUGAAAUUUCUUUUGAAUCAGCACUGGUGUGAUAAUGUUUCCUGGUGCUCCUUUUUUUAGAAUUGUUCAUCAAUUCUAUUGAUAAUUUUUUGACUUUUUUCACAGGACCUUUUUCUGUGAUGUAAUUUAUGGACUUAAUUACUUAAAAAAUGGUUCUAUAUUCUGAUGUUUUUCUCUUCGGAUUCGUUGGGGAUUUAAUAUUUUUCGUAAUUAAAUUUACUUUUUCCUAAGUUGCUUUUUUUUUUCUCCUCAGCAAGCGGCUCUUGUGCUAAAUGCUUCCCGUCGGUUUAGAUAUACCCUCGACCUGAAGAAAGAGGGAGAGAAAGAGCAAAUAAGAAGGAAAAUUAGGACUCAUGCUCAAGUCAUACGGGUAAAGAAUGGGAAGCAAACCUGACCUGAAUAUGAAUCCCCUGUCCAUGAUGCAAUGUUUUCUAAUUAACUUUGCAGGCUGCUUUUCUAUUCAAAGAGGCUGGUGAAAGGGAGGCACCAGGUAAUACAUAUCUCGUCAUCAUCAUAGUUAACCUUUUAUUCAGGUCAUCUGACAUCCUUUUUCUUUGAAUAUUCUUCCUGUAUUCUGUCAGGGCCCCCUGGAGCAUUGCCAGCCCCUGGUUUGUACGGUAUUGUGGAAGAACAACUUACUUCAAUGACCAGAGAUCAUGAUUUGUCUUCACUACAAGAACAUGGCGGGGUGGGCUCCCAUAGGAUUUGACUCUUUCAAAAUGCUCUCACUUUUUUGCUAAUAGUGUCGAUUCAAUACUUGUGUAUCAGAUGAAGGGAUUGGCUAGUUUACUAAAGACAAACUUAGACAAGGGAAUCAGUGGAGAUGAUAGCGAGCUACAACACCGUAGGAACACAUUUGGGUCUAAUACUUAUCCUCAGAAAAAAGGACGGAGCUUCUUGGUAUCUUUCUUAUAAUCGACCAUCUGACACCACUUAUUCAAGAAAUACGGCUCAAUAAAUUCUUAAGGACCUCAUGUUCCUCGUUGCAGCUUUUCUUAUGGGAGGCUUGGCAGGAUUUGACAUUGGUCAUCUUGAUGAUAGCUGCUGCUGUAUCAUUGGCAUUGGGAAUAAAGACUGAGGUAGAUUUCCAUUCGGUUUUAAAGUUUUUAUUAUUUUUCAAGAUACGUAAUCCCACAUCUGAGCAAAACAUUCUUUUUGGACUAAGUUUUUGAAUUUACACUUAUUUGCCUUCGUUUAUUUUUUUUUCUGUUGAAUGAAAAUUUAUAUAGCUUCAAAAUGGCGAAGCUUUUUUUUAGGAUAGUAUCCCCCUCCGUACCCAACCAUACUGAGUUUAAUAUAGUGAAUUUUACUUGCUGAUACUAUGGGACACAAACUGUUUUCUUAUAUAUUUUAACUUUAGUUUAAAUGCAUACUUUCAUUGAACACUUUCAGUUCUCUUCUUUUUUUCUUCUCGAAACAUAGUUUACCAUGAAGGUAAGCUGUCAUGACAUCUAUCAACCGAGUGUACUACUCAUAUGAAAGUUUUGACGUGCACACUGUAUGCAGUUAUUUACUGUACUAUUCUAUCAAUUAAGUCAUGGUGUAAACGAGUGCAGCUUUCUCUAAUCUAUUUGGGUUACUGUCAUAUGUUUCUCGUGCUUAAUCUUGGUGUUCUUUGUCAACUGUCUAAUUCUCUGUUUAGGGCAUCAAAGAAGGAUGGUAUGAUGGUGGGAGCAUUGCCAUUGCUGUUAUUAUUGUUAUUGUUUUUACAGGUAUGAUCCAUUCGCAUGGGGAAAAAGUGAUUUUCAUGAUCUACAAUAAUUGAUAUCAUUUUUUUCUGCUUUAUAUUCUAAGUCAAGUGAAGCAUCGGGUAACGAUCUUGAAACAUAUUUUUCUACAUUUUUCACUUCAUUUAUUUACAAUCAAUCUGGUCAUUUCUUCAUCAAUGUUAUUUCGGACAUCAUGUACAGACUCAGACAUUUAGUUGAUAAUAGUUAUCCCUUUUCUUGAGGAUUCUAUUGUUGGCGAGAUAUUGCUGCUCUAGUCUCAAGGUUGAACUUUUUAAAUCUGCUUGGCCAGUUGCUAUUCUGGGGGGAUAUCAGAGAAAAAAAUUGACGUGGAAUUUGUCCUGUAUUUUGCUAUUUGUCUCCUUUUCCUGCUGAUUUUUUGAAAUCUUUUAGUUGAACUUUGAAGCUCUGGCUGGGUCUGUAGUCUGUUUGGGCUUGUUUCUACAAGUCUAUUCCCGGACAUUUUUUCAUAGUAAUCUUUUAUGGAGUAACAACUUGCGGUUGGAUUUUUUUUCCACAGCUGUGAGCGAUUAUAGACAGUCCCUUCGGUUCCAAAAUUUGAAUGCGGAGAAACGUAACAUUCACUUAGAGGUAUGUGCUAUUGAAUCGCGAGACUUUCUCUUUUAUUUGAGUUUUCAUUUCGAUGUUUCCUAUUUCAAACAUUUAAUCAAUUGUGUGUGGAAUUUUCAGGUAGUCAGGGGUGGAAGAAGAAUUGAAGUUUCAAUAUUUGAUUUGGUCGUUGGGGAUGUUAUACCUCUGAAAAUUGGUGAUCAGGUUUGGAGAGUAGCAACAGUUAAUUGUUAAAAGAUCUGAAAAUUUUUGUAUGCUGGUUUUAUUGGAAUGGAUGGUUUUAUGCUGUGUUGAUGUUGCGAAAUUUUCCCUCAGGUUCCUGCGGAUGGACUUUUUAUUUCGGGUUAUUCUCUUGCUAUUGAUGAAUCUAGCAUGACUGGGGAGAGCAAAAUUGUAAGCCAUUGUAUUAUUUCGGCAUCUUUUUUGAGGUAACAUUCUAAAUUUUUUUCUUCCCUACAGGUACACAAGAAUCUAAAGGCACCAUUUUUGAUGUCUGGAUGCAAGGUUGCUGAUGGCUAUGGUACUAUGCUGGUAUGAUGAGCUGGUAUCUGAAUUCCAUUUCUUCUAAUUACCACAGACCAUUUGUGCAAAGUUUGGGCCACUACCUAAAUAUGAUUUAAGAUGAGAUGAACAAAAUACCUGGAAGAAAUGAGUUUACUUUAGUUGGAUUAUACAAUUUAGGUUAUUUUAAGAAUUUACUGAAAGUGUUCUGAUCACCUUCUUGUUUUUGCACCCUGAGGUUCAGAGAUCAAGGAAGUUGAGGCAUUGUUUCCUUUUGAAUGUAGUCAUCUUCUAAUAUAUUGGUAGAAAACCUAAAUCUUUGUUUGUUAAUGAAGGAUAGAUGUGUUAUUGCCCGCGUGUUUGUGGUCUGAGGAUGUAACUUUGUGUCUGCUGAUAAACGUUUUUGCGACAUACUCUCUUAGUACCUUUCGUGUACUUGUUGCAGAAGCAGAAUGAUAGUUUUUUUAAUGUGGUUCCUACUGUGGUCGUGUGUAAAUGCAUAUCUUAGACCUGCACGUCCUAUAUACGUGUUUGUCUGUGUAUUUGCCAAUUGUUACAUGCGUCCUUCUACAUACUUGUAUCACUCAUAUCUAAGUGGAUGUCGGAGCACUGUCGUCGUUAUUUCCAUGUCUUUUACUAUUGACCUCCUAGGCAUUAAAGGGUGCUAAUAACUGGUUGUCUCUGACAACGUUCCCUGGUAGUUACUCUAUGUGUCAUCUCCAUAUGUUGUGCUGAAUGAGUCAUAAGGAAUCUGAAGGAAAGGAUAGGAAGUUGCUAUCUUUUUGUCCAGUCUAGAGUCUCCUUGGCUGGUUACAAAUGUUGCUUAUAUUCAUGGUACAGAAAGAUUCAAAACAAAAUCGUAUGGAAGAUUAGCAAGAUUCAAAACAGCAAGAUUAUCUGUUUCUACUUGAAAAUUCUUGCUGGCGUAUCAUGUACAGUCUGGCCGUAUGAUUUAUGUGGACAAGUUUCUUUAAAGCAAAUGAAUAAUGGGUCAUAACUCAUCUAAUGGAAAAUAUUGAAAGUUGAUUUGAUUUAAUCCAAAAUUUAUGAUGAGCCAGUUUUUGAAAAGCAGACAAGUUAUGGUUUCACUUGUCAACUCUUCCUGGAGUAUCCAGUAAAGUUAGGUCUACCAAGCUUGAUCUAUACCACUUGGUUUUAUCGACUACCUGGAAAUGGAGUGAAAAGAAGAUUUCUCGCUACGCCAUAGUGUCUCCGGUUUUGCCUAAAUGAUGGACGUUGUAACUCUCAGCCCUCAAAUUGUUUCCGUUCUACUUCCUAAAAGCUCAACUUCUUAGAAAUAUGAACCAUCAACAUCGUUUAUAUGGUGAUGGUAUCUUGAUCAUGUACAGGAAUGUUAUUCUGAAACUCUAGGGGCUGUUCCACUUGAGCUGAUUUUCUUUCCCAUCAUUGCCUAUUUUCAGGUAACUGCUGUUGGAAUUAAUACUGAAUGGGGUCUACUGAUGGCAAGCAUAUCAGAGGAUACUGGGGAAGAAACUCCUUUGCAGGUUUUUCCCCUGUAGAUUAUACUUUUGAAACUAACUCUCUUUUUUUUUUUUCUCUUUAGCAGAUAUAUUUUUGGAAAUAACUGACCUGAAUGAUUUUUUCUAUUAAAAAAAAGGUCCGGCUGAAUGGUGUGGCCACUUUUAUCGGUAUAGUUGGGCUAAGUGUCGCAUUUGUGGUCCUCAUUGUCCUGUUUGCUAGGUAUGGCUUCGUUCAUUGUUCUAUUUUAAAUGUUUUGAGCUUUUGGGAAUUUCUCUAACAUAACACUUCCUCCAGAUAUUUUACUGGGCACACUAAAAACCCUGAUGGCACCACUCAAUUCGUGGCUGGACAGACAAAAGCCAAAGCUGCAGUAAAUGGAGCCAUAAAAAUCUUUACGAUUGCUGUAGGUCGUCCUUUUUUUAAUUCUAAUCUAGGUUGUUGAUAUCUACUUAGAUAGCAAUGAUGGGAUGAUUUAUUUUCUAGGUUACUAUUGUGGUCGUUGCUGUGCCUGAGGGUCUUCCUUUGGCUGUUACAUUGACGUAAGUUUGUGUUUGUCCCGAUAGUUGUGGUUUCACCAUAUUCUUGUACCUUGAUGUAUAAUAUUUUUUUGGUUCAUUGUUUUGAUUGUUGCAGUCUUGCAUACUCAAUGCGCAAAAUGAUGGCAGACAAAGCCCUGGCACGUACCUUCCCCAUUUUCUUCCCUUGGUAGCCUCUUUUCAGAUAACGUCAUUAUGGAUUGGGCAUUACAGGUACGGAGACUUUCAGCAUGUGAGACUAUGGGAUCAGCUACCACAAUCUGUAGUGACAAAACUGGAACUCUGACGUUAAAUCAGGUAAGUUUAUCAUGGAUCUAAGUUUAGUUCAUCUUUUUUAUUGCAACAUUUUUUUCAAGAAGUCAACCACUAAAUAAGAGCUGUGGGGAUUCUAUUUACUGCAUAGUGAUAUUUCCAUACUCGAGGCGAGCAUUCACAUUGAGUGCUUCAGCAGUACUAUCUUACGGCAUUUAUAUAUCAUACGUGGUUGACAUGAAGAUUUCAUUUUUUUCUCACCAUUUUAGAUGACUGUUGUUGAAGCAUAUGCUGGGGGGAAAGAGAUUGAUCCCCCAGAUAAUAAUGAACAGCUAUCCUCCGCCGUGUCAUCGUUAUUAAUUGAGGGCAUUGCGCAAAAUACAACAGGCAGCGUUUAUACUCCUGAGGUAAAGUUGAAUUACAGUUGAUAAGACAGCGUGCAUAUUUCCUUUUUUUUUAUUGAGGCUGUAAUUUUGGUUCCGUUCCUUGGAGAUUGUUAGCUCUGGCAAUGCAUUAAAGUUUUUAGUUGGUCCUGUUGGCUUGUGUGCCACUCCUUUGUUGUCAGAUUUUGCAAGAGUCAUAGUGCUAUCAGGAAGAUAGAGGCUCGCCUUUUCAAAAUUCUGAUACUAAAUGUUGUAUAAGUAGUAAAGUUUUCUUGAAGGCACAAAUGUGUUCCCUAUAGACUAGGGAUCGGGGGUUGCUUCCUCAAUGAGAGUGCGCACUGGCAACUUAAUAUCAAUAUUGAAAGAGGAUGUAACUUCUUAUUGCUCUGAGGAAGUCAGACGUAGGAGAGUUCGCUUUAUUAGAGCUUCAUUUCUGCUUUGCAGUUUUAUGUGAUUGAUGAGAACUUGGUGGGGAUUCUGGCGUGCAAUAUUUUAUAUUCUAUCCAUCUAUCUGCAUAAUAUUUUAAUAUAUUCAGUGGCCAUAGAGGACGCACUAGUAUGAGCAUUUCUAUUUAGCAGAACGGUGGAUACGUUGAGGUUACAGGUUCACCAACUGAAAAGGCAAUUCUCGGUUGGGGUGUCAAGGUACCGGUUAAUGUUUAUUUUCUUCUGUUAAAUACGAUAUACCUUUUUAUUAGUUAGUAUUGAUUUCAUUUUUUCAUUAUGCUAUAGCUGGGAAUGCAAUUUGAGGAUGUGAGAUCGAGAUCAUCUAUUCUUCAUGCUUUUCCAUUCAAUUCAGAGAAAAAACGUGGUGGUGUAGCUGUAAUGUCGGUAAUGAUUUCCUCUCCUUUAUGCCAACUUUUUUUUUUUUGUCAUAAUUCAUAUUUGUCCGAAUUUAUUUUUAUUCAUAGUGCUUUUCUAUUCAGCGUUGGACAUUUAUUUCUAUUCAUAAUACGAAAUUAUUUUUUAUGGUGGUGGUGGCUUAGCCAUAAUGCCUUUCUAUUCAGUGCUGGACAUUUUCAUUUAGAGCCAUAAAUUGUUAUGCUUAGUUAUUGCUCUUCAAGAAGAUCAAAAGCCUUGGUGAAUACCAAUGUCUUUUGAGUGAUGUUCUGUAUGAUCAUUAAAUGAAUCACGGAUGUAUUUUUUGUUGUAUUAGCUUUGAUCCUGAUUUGCUCUACUGCAUAUCAGUGUCUGAAGAACGUCCAUAACGUUUCAAAAUUUUAAAUUGCCUUUUCAUCACCUUUUGCUACCUUGUAGUUGAACAAGUGAUUGAAAGUGCUGCAAUAGAAAUUGCACACUCUUUGUUAAACAAUCUUAUUUUCUUCUUUCAAGUUGGCUGCACAUUUUCCUAGUAUCUCUUGCCAUUCAUUAUCUUUUCAUGCAUAUUCAUCUAGCUGUUUGACAAUGAUUGUUUUUUUUGUGCCUUCUUUGACCUGCGUUGCUUCUUGUUGUCUGUUUCAAUCUUAUUUGUAAACUGCAUAAAAUUUGAUCUUCUGCUUUGGUUCUAUCAUCUCUGUAGCUUAUACUUAUUUCGCUCAUGUGAAAAAGAUAUUACUCAUCUGUUACGCAGAACAAGUUUUUCUAUAUUGGGUUUUCCUUCUAUUUUUCCUUUUUGUCCUAUUAUUAGAUGUAUUUCCUUUUUUGUGUUUCUGUUAUUAGACCUUUCCAUAAUACCAGAAAGGUUCAUUAGACACCAAUAUAAAUAUUGGCGUACUGCCUUGAGAAGGGCUAAGUCAGUUUUUCCCUUUCCUACUUCUGCUGUAUCUCGUAAUAUGGUAUCAGAGCUUUCUCUCUGAUCUUGUGUGAAGACUGCCGACGGAAGAUCAACCAACUUUGGUGGCGACGACGACUUCACACUGUAGGGAGUGUCCCCUGGUGAUCUUCUUCCUGCCUGCAGUACCUAAGAUCGUGAGGUUUCUUGGUCGUAAGCAGACCGGCAGAUUCCUUGGAGAGUCACUAUACCAUCGUCUUUUCUUGACGGUGGGAGACAUCUACGAAAACACCAUCGUCAAUUCUUGACGGUGGUAGGACGUCUACGAAUACACCGUUGUCAUUUCUUGAUGAUCGUGGACGUCUGCAAAUACACCAUUCUCGUUUCUUGACAUGGCAGUCAUCCUUAGUUUCUUGAACAGAAAUUGUUAUUUGGACCACAUCAGGGAAUCUCUGUUUGAGAUUUUUUUUUGGCUAUUUUGUCGCGGCUGAAGAACAUGGAGACAAAGGUCAGUGAGUCUUCCUCCUCUAGCCCAAGACAUUCAUUUGAAGUAAUUAAGGUAUGUUCAGAUCCACCUAAAAUUAUUGAGAGAUUCCGAUUUGAUGGAAUCAAUUUGUUCCAGUGGACAUCAUAUGCAGAAUUUAUUCUGUGUGGGAAGAAUCUGGAUCGUCACCUUCUCGUAAAGUAUUGACAACCCAGGAUAUUCUCGGUGGAAAGAAGACGCAUUGAUUCAUUAUUAGAUGCUAGACAAUAUUUCACCAAAGAUAUGUGAUAGAUUUCUUUUUCUGAAAUUUGUGAAGGAAUUAUGGGACAAGGUUCGUCGUGUUCACUCUACUAAACAUGAUGAAUCUCAAAUUUAUAGCUGGGUACAAAAAUCUCUGACUUUGUUACAGGAACAUUGACUGUCUUGGAAUAUGCUUGCGAAUUGGAAUCCAUCUAGAGAGAAAUCAAUCACUACAGACCAAUCGAGAACCCUGAUAAUGAAGAACGAAAUUAUAUCAUGAAAGACAUGCUGUAUAAAUUUUUGAUGGGGAUAAAUCUAGAAUAUGAGACUCUAGUAAAUCAGAUCUUUGCUCGGAAAGUAGUACCAGAUAUUGAAGAGGCAAUUGCAUUAACUAGACAAGAAGUAAAUACUAGAAAUUUGAGAAACGAUUUAAAGAUAAAAAAUGCUGCAUUCAAUACUCUCAAGGACAAAGAUACCUCUGUAUUAAAAAAGGGAGGUAGUAAAGUACCAUUUAUCAAAGGAGAUCCUAAGACUGAUCCGAAGGCACACUUAUUUUGUACUUAUUGUCGGAAAAAUAGUCACACUAGGAAGACAUGCUGGAAGAUCUAUGGCAAACCACCGAAUUAUGGUAACUUGUAUUUUGCUAAUGCUCAAAAUGAAGAUGGUGUUGAGCCCAUGAUUUAAGGAGGAGUUAGUCAAGACGGAUCUACUUCCUCUCAACUUUCAGAGAUUGAAAAACUCAGAGAAGAAAUUGAACAAUUGAGGAGCAUGAUCAGCUGCAGUUCCCUCGCACAUGCUAGUAAGCUACUGAUCAUUGGCAUCACCUUCACCCCAAAAAGUGUCCUUGAUCAUUGAUUCUAGAGCUACUGAUCAUAUGACACCAUAUGCAUCACUAUUCAUAACAUGAGGUAUGUACCAAUAAUCAGAAGGUUAUUAUUGCAAGUGGAGAUUUGUUACUUGUAGUUGGCAUUAGAUCAAUUCAUCUUGAGAAAUUGGGGUCACUAAGAUAUGUUCUUCAUGUUCCAAGAUUGAAUGCACAUCUAUUGUCAUUGAGAAAAUUGGGUACAGACUUAAAUUGUUUGAUAUUAUUUGAUGACAAUAUCUGUUUCUUUUAUGACAAGGCCUCGGGCAAGAGGAUUGGGCAUGUUUGAGCACGGGAUGGACUCUACUACACAGGGCGUAUGGAUAAGACAUUGUUGACGAAUUUCAGUCCAAAAAUUUUCACUUUUGCUUUUACUUCUCCCUUGAACAAAUUGUUGUUGUUACAUUGUCGCUUAGGACAUCCGUCCAUAAAAGUACUUAGAUACUUGUUUCCAAAACUAUGUCGUGCUGUUGGUGAAUCUACUUUCAUAUGUGGACCCUGUCAAAUGACUAAGCAGCGACGAAUAUCAUUUUCAUCUGCUGGAAAUAAAAGUGAAUCCCCUUUUUCAGAAUACAUUCUGAUAUAUGGGGUCCUUCAUCCUGUGGUGUUAGGGACUUCAGAUGGUUUACCAUCUUUGUAGAUGACUGUACUAGGUUUGCAUGGAUUUACCUAGUGAAAACAAACUCAGAAGCUAGUUCAAAAUCAGUUCAGUAUAACUCUUAAGAAAUUCCUAUCAAACAAUGCUAAGCGUUUUUUCAAUUCUAUUGUCUCCAAUUUCUUUGUUGAGGAGGGCAUUGUUCAUGAAUCUUCUUUCCCUAUACACCUUAGCAAAAUGGGGUAGCUGAAAUAAAGAUUAGGCAAUUGCUGGAAAUAACAAGGGCUGUCGUGUUUAAAGCCCAAGUGUCAAAGUACUUAUGGAGUGAGGUAGUAUUAACGGUCAUUCAUCUUGUUAAUUGUCUCCCAUCAGAAGCAUUAUUAUUUAAGACUCCUAAAGCCUUAUUGUAGGGUUAUUAUCCGACUGUGCAAUAUGGACCAGAUUUACCUCUUCGAGUACUUGGAAGUGUUGCAUACAUCCAUCAAUCUCAAAAUGGACUGUCUAAAAUUGCCCCUAGAGCCAUAAAGGCAGUCUUUAUGAGCUAUUUCAAUACACAAAAAGGGUAUACAUUUUAUGACCUAAGAUAUCAAAAAUUUCUUGUGACAAUUAGUAUCACAUUUGAUGAAAGUAGCAUGUAUUUUUAGUAGACAACAACUCAAGUAUCUAGCUGUAUUAUUCAUGUGCUAGGAAAACACGAUUUACACAUUGAGAUUCUCAAGGAAAAUGAAGCUCCUGAAAUGGUACCAAUAAAUUUUCCAGCACCUCCACCUCCACCGAAUCGAUUUGGUCGAAGUUAUUAUCAAAGAAAGCCAAAGAUAAUCAGAGAUACUCAUGAACAAGAUCUGCCUGAUGUAGUAGAUGCCCAUGAACAACCUGAUGUAGUAGGUACCUAUGAACAAGGUUUGCUUGAUGCAGUAGAUGCCCAUGAUUCUAUUAUUGAAUGUGACAAUUCACUGAUUGAUUAACAGAACCUUCUUAUUACUUAAGGAAAUGAAAUCUGCCCUAUUGCUCUCUGCAAAGGAAUUAGAUAAUGUAGAAAGAAAAAAAGUAUAUUCGUCCUGCAAUUAUGUAUCUUAUCAUCGCCUAUCUCCAUAAUAUAGGUCAUUUCUGUCAGCUAUUUAUAAACAUGAUACUCCUCAAAACACUGAUGAAGCUUUAAGAAGCCCUCUGGGAAAAAACAAUAGAUGAGGAGAUGCUAGCUCUAUAGAAGAAUCAAACCUAGGAACUCAUGAUAUUAAAUCGUGGGUUGCAGAUGGGUACACACUAUUAAGUAUAAAUCUGAUGGGACUGUUGAGUUGUUUUAAAGUUUGGCUGGUUGCAAAAGGUUUCACCCAGUGUUAUGAUAUUGAUUACAUGGAAACCUUUGCUCUUGUUGUGAAGAUGGGAACAAUUUGGAUAUUAAUAUCUUUGGCUGUGCAUUAUGGAUGGUCCUUAUUAUAAUUUGAUGUGAAAAAUACAUUCUUGUAUGGAGAAAUCUCGGAAGAAAUAUAUAUGGAGCUUUGACUAGGAUACAAAGAUCCAAAUGGUACUCUAAACGUAUGCAGACUUAAGAAGGCAUUAUAUGGCUUAAAACAGCCACCAAGAGUCUGGUUUGGCUGCUUAACCAAAACAAUGAGAGCUUUGGGGUUCAAGCAAGUCAAUGGAGAUCAUACCUUAUUUUAUAAACGAUCAAGUUCAGAAAAAUGACGAUCUUACUAGUAUAUGUCGAUGACAUGAUUGUCACAGGAGAUGAUAUGUAAGAAAUCACUUCUGUUCAAAAACAACUGACGGCUGUUUUUGAUAUCAAAGUGUUGGGACAACUAAAAUACUUCUUGGGAAUUGAGGUAGCUUACUCUUGUGGAAAUUUAUUUUUAUCUCAAAGAAAGUAUAUUACAGAUUUACUCAAAUAUACAUGCAUGAGUAACUACAAACCAGCGUGUACACCAACUGAAGCAAAGUAUUGCAUUGGGGCUUCAAAGGAAAGCGAUUAAGUAGAUAAGGGCUCUUAUCAACGAUGAGUGGGAAAAUUAAUUUAUCUAAUCCUAUACUAGACCGGAUAUUGCUCACUCGGUUGGAGUGCUAAGUCAAUAUAUGCAUGACCCUAGGGAGGUACAUCAUCAAGCUGCUCAACGAGUCUUAGCCAAUCUUAAAGGAACAAUUGAUAUAAGAAUUUUGUUUUAAAGGGGAGAUUCUCUUACAGUAGGCAUCUAUACUGAUGCUGAUUAUGUUGGUUCAGUUGAUGAUAAAUGCUCUACUACUAGCUAUUGUUGUCUCAUUGGAGGAAAUUUGGUCACUUGGCAAAGCCAAAAACAGAGAGUUGUGUGAUAAGUACUGAUGCUGAAGUAGAAUUUAGGGCUAUGGCCCUUGGGAUUUGUGAAGGCAUUUGGAUAAAAAAAUAUACUAAAUAAUUUACAAAUACCUAUGGAAGGUUCAAUUACCUUGUUCUGUGACAAUCAGUCCGCAAUAAGUAUUGCACAUGAUCCUGUUCAGCAUAACAAGAUCAAACACAUUGAAGUAGACAAACAUUUUGUCAAAGAGAAACUUGAAUCAGAGAUGUUUUGCACAGAGUAUGUCUCAUCUUCAAAUCAGUUGGCUGAUAUAUUAACUAAUGGCAUUUUUGCAACAGAGUUCUGCAAACAAAUGAGCAAGCUGGGCAUGAAUGAUAUUCACGCCCCAGCUUGAGUGGGAGUGUUACGUAGAACAAGUUUUUCUAUAUUAGGCUUUCCUUCUAUUUUUUCUUUUUGUCUUAUUAUUAGAUGUAUUUCCUUUUUCGUGUUUCUGUUAUUAGACCUUUUCAUAAUACCAGAAAGGUUUAUUAGACGCCAAUAUAAAUACUGGCGUACUGCCCUGAGAAAGGCUAAGUCAGUUUUUCCCUUUCCUGUUUCCGCUGUAUCUCAUAACAUCAUCUAUGCAGGCGGGUUCUGGAGUCAAUAUCCACUGGAAAGGGGCCGCUGAAAUAGUUCUAUCUUCAUGUACUGGCUGGCUUGAGAAGGAUGGGAGUGUAAAACCGAUGGAUGAUGAUAGGGUAGAUAUCCAUUUUUUGCUCUUGGUUUUUGAGCUUCUCCUCCGCUGAAUUCAUUUUCUUUAUUGAUAAGGUUUAUGUUAACAUUGAUUUUGUGAACGUAAUGAAAACCUUUUUCUUUGUUUGCAGUUAAAUCACUUUAGCAACUCCAUUGAAGAUAUGGCUGCACGAAGCCUACGUUGUGUCGCUUUUGCCUAUAGAUCAUACGAGUAUGAGAGUGUUCCUGCUGAGGAUGAGAGAGACUCAUGGUCACUACCGGAGGGGAACUUGAUACUGAUCAGUAUUGUGGGAUUGAAGGUAUGACAAGGAGCCACGACUUUCUUUCCGUGAGAUGGCAUCCUGUAUACCCCAUAUCCACAUAAUUCGUCUUAUAAGACCACUAUAUAUUCUAACGCACUGCAGUUGUCAGUUCUUUAUCAGUAUACGACACAUCAAUCUUAUUAUUGGCAUUGGAUAUUUGCUUUAGGUUUGGUUUACUCUCUUCUUAAAAUGUCAUGCUUUUUUAAAUGUGCUUCUUCAAACCUUCUAUGUCAGGUAGCCCUCUAGAUGCUUAAUUUUUUCCCGUUGAUUAUGCUUUUUUUUGGUCCUAAUUUACGAAGUCCCUAGCUGUAACACUUGUCUUAGAAAACUAUUUUUAUUGUCCGUUGGAUCGAGAGAUUUCAUAUCUAGUUUAAUAAAUUGAAAGAAUGUGAUCUACUUCAUACGAAAGAAAUCAUGUAGUCGUCUAUCAAUCUCAUCAUUCUUCUUUACAUAAUGGCAGUUCGAGGUUAAUUGUCCGCUAGGGUUGUAGUAGCAGUGGACAAUGAGCAGAUAAUUAGGAUUUGGUUCACCAGAGUAGUUGAUAAUUUGAGCAUAGUACAAUGUACUAGUUUCUCUUGGAUCAAUCUGUAGCCUCAUGCUGUAUAGCCCCCAGUUUUCUGAUUUCUAUCCUCGUUUCUUUGAUCUUCUUCCUUGUUUCAUAAGCACAGUUGCUGCCUUCUUUUUAUCAUUUGCUUGCUUCUUAAGGUUCCAUUCUUGAUUGUGACGGGAUUUGUUUCUUGACAACUUCGUUUUCGUAGGAUCCAUGCAGACCUGGGGUGAAAGAUGCUGUGCGAUUAUGCACUCAUGCAGGUGUUAAGGUAGCUGUUGGUUUCUUGACAUUUUGUUCUUCUUUGAACUUUCGUAGCCUGAUGUCAAAACAUUUCUUACUGAUCAUGUUUCAUAUCUCCAUGUUUCUGAUGUAGCCCACAUUUGGAUGUUGCUUCUGCUAAGUUACAAUCUAUCACAACAUUACAAUCUCCAUGUUUAUGUCAGCCUCUGAUUGUUUUUCUCAAUAGGUACGCAUGGUUACUGGGGACAACAUUCAGACUGCUAAAGCCAUAGCAUUGGAGUGUGGAAUACUUGAUUCCGGAGUUCCAACUACAGAGCCCACAAUUAUUGAAGGGAGAACUUUCCGUGCGUACUCUGCCACGGAAAGAGAAGAAAUUGCUGGUAGAAUAUCGGUAGGACUAAUCCAACUCUCAGCUCUUUGCUUACAAUGGGAAAUUCCAUUUAUAACCUUCGAACAAUCCGGAUAAGCAGAAAAGAGCAUUGCUGUGACAUCAAUGGCCAUCCACCGAUGAAAACUGAUGUUUUUGAUUACAACCUUAUGUCCCAUUCUUUCUGCAUUUCUUAGAGACCAGAUCUGAGUGUAGUUGGAGUCUAAAGAUAAAGUCACAAUCCUCCAAGACUGGGAUUUAGAUUUAGUGAUGAUUACUCUAAAAUUCAAUGAUGGGCUUACUUGAGCCAUAUAAGGUAACUAAGAGGCAGCAAAGGAGUCAAGACGUCACUUGAGAUAUGAAAGAAACGUGAGUAGAGCUUAAUCUAAGGGUAAACGUUUUUUAGAAAAAAAAAUGAAAAAUAAAUUCUAGAGGAACAAAUUUUGAGGUGGGUCUUUUCUGAAAAAAAAGGUGAAUUACAAUUUUAGGUCCUCUAGCUCUCAGACGCACUUAGCAUUAGCCAGAACAGUUUUGUUAAUGCAAAUUUGAUAUUGUAGACGUGACAAGCAGUCUGGUAUGUGUUGUGUAUGAGGUCAGAUAACCUUCACAAGUUGAUGAUUGAGUUUUUUGUAAUCCAAUUUACGUCAAACUGUUACAGGUGAUGGGAAGGUCUUCUCCUAAUGAUAAACUCUUGCUCGUGCAAGCAUUAAGAAAAAGAGGACAUGUUGUAGCUGUCACUGGGGACGGUACCAAUGAUGCUCCUGCCCUACACGAGGUUUUUUUUUUCAUUUUUCAUUUUGGCUGGUUUUCACCAUUUUUCAUUUUUUCAUUUUGGCUGAUAUUUCAAUUUCAAUCGACAUACAGGCGGAUAUAGGGCUCGCGAUGGGCAUUCAAGGAACAGAGGUCGCAAAGGAAAGUUCAGACAUCAUCAUUUUAGACGAUAAUUUUGCUUCAGUCGUAAAGGUUGGAUUCAGUGCCAUAUGCAUUCCUUGCUUACCAAUGAUACAUCUUUGCAGAUGAAAGUGAUGAUUUUAUGCAUAAUUCCAUUUCCUUGUAUUUAGGUCGUCCGUUGGGGGCGUUCUGUGUAUGCAAACAUUCAAAAAUUUAUCCAGUUCCAGCUUACAGUUAAUGUUGCUGCUCUUGUAAUCAAUGUUGUGGCCGCAGUUUCCGCUGGCGAGGUUCCUUUAAAUGCUGUUCAGGUUUGAUUUCUUUUCUGGAUGACAUUUUGUGUAGUUCAGUGUCUAUGAAUAUUUUCUGCAAAGUACUUACCCGUUACUUAAAAGCUGUGUUUCUUCGUUUCCUACGAGUUUAUCUAUUCUCACUUGUGCUUCUGUUUCUUGUUUUGGGAAAACAGCUUCUGUGGGUCAACCUCAUCAUGGACACACUUGGAGCUCUUGCGUUAGCCACUGAACCUCCAACAGAUCACCUCAUGGACAGGCCUCCUGUAGGUCGUAGGUGAGAACCUUGGGGGGUUUUGAACGCGCAAUAAGUUGCGAAAACUUGUAAUAUAUGCUAAAAUCCAUGAUAUUGAAGUCCUUGGUCACGAAUUUGGCUUUGUUGCAUAUCUGCGUGAGUUCUCAACAGCAGCAUGCUUUAUUUUUUUCGAGUACAAAAAUUUGAAAUUUUCUGGUAUUGUUUUUACUCUGUCAGUAAAUGGUCAGUUGCACUUGUUAGAAUUACUUAUGAGGUGGGGAGGUUUAUUACUUCCGUAAUAUGGUUCUCUAUAUAGUCACAGAGUCGUAUGUAUUCUUUCUGAUCGAGCUUGAUCAUCUCCUUACUGACGAUUGCCGUUUUCCAGAGAAUCUCUUAUCACAAACAUCAUGUGGAGGAAUCUUCUUGUACAGGUGUGUGUUUCAUUGAUUUUGUCAUGUACAUUUCUUCUUACCAUUUUUAAUUGAUGUGUGAGAAUUGGCAGUCUACGUAUCAAGUGAUUAUCCUGCUCACGUUCAACUUCGACGGAAAGAACAUUCUACGCCUGAACAACGAGACACGGGAGCAUGCUGAUAAAUUGAAGAACACCUUCAUAUUUAACACGUUUGUCCUCUGCCAGGUAUUUAAAUCCUUUUUUUUUUUUUUCAGAGUUAGUAAUAAUGCUAGAUAAUCGGAUAAAGCAACAUCCUUGUGAGCUUUGAAUGAUGGAGGGAAAGCCCGAUUUUAUUAUUUUUGGUCCCCACUUUAUUCACAUCUCGAUUAAAUGUUCCUUCUUAUUUCAUUUCUCCAUGAAAGGUUCUUCUAUAAAUAUAAAUAUACUCUCAUAGGAUGCUGUAGUUUUUAAUCCGAGAGAAGAAUGCUUCGUCCUCAGGUUUUCAACGAGUUCAACGCAAGGAAGCCUGAUGAAUUCAACGUCUUUGCUGGUGUUACGAAGAACUAUCUUUUUAUUGGAAUUGUUGGGAUGACUGUCGUCCUACAGGUGAGAGAGGGGGAGAGGUUCUGCCAGACCCUCCUAUGUCAUGAGGUUACUAAAAAGCUUCCAGGAUCAGCAGAGUAUUUAUUAUUGGCUUUUGCCUCUGCAGAUUCUCAUCAUCGAGUUCCUUGGGAAGUUCACUUCAACCGUUCGGCUCAACUGGAAAUUCUGGCUCAUCUCACUGGCCCUUGCUUCUGUCAGGUACAAUCGGGCUCUCUUUCUUCCAAAAUAA